CGGCGCAUCGCGUACACAUUUCGAUAAAAGCAAUCAAAAUGGGCGCUCGUUUCAACGCAUGUUAUUAAUAAACGUUUAGUGCUAGUGAUGAAUGUGCAAAAUGAUAGCGUUAUUUAUAUUGUGUGCGUUAAUAUCACCCUCAUACUUGUACAACGGAGAUAGCUGUUACGCCAAUAAUCGUCUUGGUUGCUGUAAAUUAUUGUCACUAUGUCCAAGUCUAGUAUACGAAGUCAGACGAGCUGGUACUCCCAUGCCACCAUACAUGAGGAGGAAACUGCAGGACCUCGGUUGUGGAUUUGAACAGGACGAGCCACUUGUAAUUAAUUCCAGGUUUGCUGCGUAAUGGAGUCCAACACAUUGGACUACACGGGUGAUGACCGGAAACAACCAGACUAUUGGGUUCCCACAGAACCACCUAAACUCUUCACUCAACCAAAUAUUCAAGUGAAUAACCGAGGAGAUACCAAUACAAUUGAUCAGCCUCUUGAUGUGAGAAAUCAUCCCAACUUGCAACUGUUGCCAAAAGACUGUGGAAGUAUUGAAGGCGAAAGGAUUUUCGGAGGAAAUAGAACCUCCUUGUUUGAAAUGCCCUGGAUGGUUUUGCUUUCAUACCAAACAGGUCGAGGAAUUAAAUUAAGCUGUGGAGGUACCUUGAUAACAGAAUGGUAUAUCUUAACUGCUGCUCAUUGUGUUACUUUUCUUGGAAACAAAUUGCAGCUUGAAGGUGUCAUUCUUGGAGAACAUGAUGUUAGGCAGAAUCCAGACUGUGAGAGGGUUGAUGGCGAGUUAAUGUGCGCACCACCUGCUCGAAAUGUAACAAUCGAUCGUGUGAUAAGUCAUCCUGGAUACAAUCCACAAACUCUGUACGAUGAUAUUGCGUUGGUGAGGCUGUCGGAACCUGCCGAUUUUUCUUUGGAUAGUAUGAAAGGUGUAUGCUUACCAAUAACACCAGAGCUUCAAAAUAUGAAUUUAGCAGGCUUACAAGGUAUUGUUGCUGGAUGGGGAGCAACGGAAGAUGGCCUUCAGAGUCCUGUACUCCUCAGUGUUGCCCUGCCAAUGAUAAGUAAUAGAGAAUGCCAGAAUAUUUAUAACGGUUCUCCUCACAUAUACGACCGUCAAAUAUGCGCCGGUGGGGUUCAAGAUAAGGACUCCUGUGGGGGCGACUCUGGAGGACCCCUAAUGUACCCCGGUCGGACAGAUUUGACGGGUGGCGUCCGAUACGUACAGCACGGUAUUGUCUCCUAUGGAUCUAAGAGAUGCGGUAUUGGCGGCUACCCUGGCGUUUACACAAGAAUAUCAUAUUACAUGGAGUGGAUUUUGGACAAUUUAAGCUAGUUGUGGCUAUGCUCGUAGCAUGUAUUGUAAUAAUCGUAUUAAGGAUUAGGUGUAAAUUGUCUAUGAAUCUAAAGAAGCUGAAUUAUCAUAGUUUAUCAGUUAUAAGGUUUAAGGAAUAAAUGAAUACUCGAAUUCUUACAAUAGCUAGUAAUACAAAACGGUAUAUAAGGUGCAUAGUAAACUGUCAUUUAUUAUAAUAAAAAGAGGCUGUAUAUGUGAUAAUUUAUAAAAAUAUGCUUUAUUGUGAUACUUAUACCUUAGACCACGAUGUAUUAGAAUAGGAAUCUACUUCAUAACACGUUCAGUUCAAUUUUCUUUAAACCUAAAAUAGAAAUUACAAUUAUUUAAUGUACUAAACUAAAUGGGCUAUUUCAAAAGUUAAACAGAAACGUUAAUAUAUGUUUCCUGAUAUAGUAACGAACUUUUGUAUUUCUAAGAAACCUUUGAAUAAAUAAAAAUAAUUCAA